UCUCUCCGCGCGGUUUUUUGCGUUUUGCGGCGCCUCUGAGCUGUUAUUGAUUGAUACGAAUCAGCAGCGUACGCUACGGACACGCUUAAUUCAACUCCAACGUUUUAGCCUCAACGGAUCGCGGUAGCCAGAGCUCUGUGGUACCUCUGGCACUUGGUGCUCUCCCAGACUAUCGUGCGAGCCGUUCUUGUAAACUGCGAAGCCAUGAUGCUAUCCGCGGCAGUGCGCCGCAUUCCUCGAGCGGUACCGCGUGCGUCACUGCGUGAGCCGGCGGUGCGGAACUUCGCAGCGGUACCGAUCGUGCCGAUCAUCGGCGCGUUCCUCGCGAAGAAAGCAGUCGCUUCCUAUGCGAUCUUCAACGCCGUGCACUCGUACGGCAUCCCGAAGCUUUUCCGACAGGUCGCGCACGCGACGCGAGCGUGGGGCGUGGACGCGGCGGCGCGGCGCGAGUUUUUGUACCUCGUAAAAGGAGCGCUCCGCGCGCCGACGAGCGCUUAUUCUUUUGUUGAGAAUUCGUUUGCGGCCCGCGUCGUGGCCCACGUCGCGCAAAAUCCGGAACUGCGGGCCGAACUGAACAAACGGGUGCCUCCCGUGAUCGUCGAGGCCCUCCAGAGCGCGGUCCGACGGACGCCGGUAGGAAAAGCAUUCGACGCGGCGCUCGGCGUGCUGGAGAAGGUACGGCCGAAAACGUGAAUCAUAUAUGUAUUGUGUAAAUAGUUUUGAGGAC